AGGGAAUCGAUUCUUCGGAGUCUAUUUCCAGCCCUGUGUAUUUUGUGGAGUCGGGUUGUUUCUGUCUCCUUUAGUAGGACUGCUGCCUCAGUCAAGUGCAAAAUGGCUCCUGCGAAGAACAGAGUGUUUGUUGUUGGUGUCGGGAUGACGAAGUUUGAUAAGCCAGGUGUGAAGGAUGAUUAUCCAGAAAUGGCCAAAGAAGCAGGAGAGAAAGCAUUAGCUGAUGCAGGAGUACCGUACUCCGCUAUCGAGCAGGCCUGUGUGGGUUAUGUUUACGGCGACUCUACAUGUGGACAGCGUGCUAUAUACCACAGCCUGGGUCUGUCCGGGAUCCCUAUAAUCAACGUCAAUAACAACUGUUCCACCGGUUCCACGGCGCUCUUCAUGGCCCGACAACUCAUCCAGGGAGGUCUGGCUGAUUGUGUGCUCGCUUUGGGGUUUGAGAAGAUGGAAAGAGGCUCCUUGUCAUCAAAGUACAUGGACCGAACCAACCCUAUCGAUAAACACAUGGAGGUGAUGAUCAACCGAUACGGCAUGGCAGCAGCUCCGGCUGCACCUCAGAUGUUCGGCAACGCUGGGAGAGAACACAUGGAGAAAUACGGAACCAAGCCAGAACACUUUGCCAAAAUUGCUUGGAAGAAUCACAAGCACUCGACCAACAACCCAUAUUCUCAGUUCCAGGACGAGUACAGUCUGGAGCAGGUGAUGAAAUCCCGCAAGGUUUUUGGGUUCCUCACACUUCUUCAGUGCUGUCCUACGUCUGAUGGAGCCGGAGCAGCAGUGCUAGCCAGCGAGGGUUUUGUAAGGAGGCACGGAUUGGAGCCCAAAGCUGUGGAGAUCAUCGCUCAGGAGAUGGUCACUGAUCUCUCAACAACAUUCGAGGAGAACAGCUGCAUGAACGUGGUUGGCUACGACAUGACGCGCCUCGCUGCUAAAAAGUGCUUCGGGUCGGCAGGCUUGACUCCGGCAGAUGUUGAGGUCAUCGAGCUGCAUGACUGUUUCUCAGCAAACGAGCUCAUCACAUACGAAGCCCUCGGUCUUUGUCCUGAAGGUAAAGCUGGAGAGCUGAUCGACAGAGGAGACAACACGUACGGCGGAAAGUGGGUGGUUAACCCGAGCGGAGGGCUCAUAUCGAAGGGACACCCGCUUGGAGCUACAGGUCUGGCUCAGUGUGCAGAGCUGUGCUGGCAGUUAAGAGGCGAGGCGGGGAAGAGGCAGGUCCCGGGGGCAAAGGUUGCCCUGCAGCACAACAUCGGCAUCGGUGGAGCCGUAGUGGUCACGUUGUACAGGAUGGGAUUCCCUCAAGAAGCAAGGUCUCGGAUCACUGCAGUUCCCACCGGCGCCGUCACCGGAUUGGAGGGCUUCAAAUCUCAUGCACUUUUUAAAGAAAUCGAGAAGAGGCUGCAGGAGGAAGGAGAAGCAUACGUAAAAAAAAUCGGUGGCAUUUUUGCUUUUAAAGUGAAGGACGGCCCAGAUGGCAAAGAAGCUCUGUGGGUCGUGGACGUGAAAAAUGGGAAAGGCUCGGUGAACAACGACGCAGGGAAAAAAUCGGACUGCACAAUCUUGAUGUCCGACACGGAUCUCCUCGAUUUGAUGACGGGGAAACUGAAUCCACAGACCAUGACCUCCAACUCUUUCUCCUGCCUCAUUCUCAUCCAAAGGCCUUCUUCCAAGGCAAGCUAAAGGUUACUGGGAAUAUGGGAAUGGCGAUGAAGCUGCAGAGCCUCCAGCUGACACCAGGGAAAGCCAAACUGUGAAGAAUUCGGACUAAACCUCUGAGACGAAGCUGUGGACAUGACCUGGGCGUACGAGAUUUUAUAUACGUGUCCAUCACAAAAUUCAGCACGUGUUAUAGCGGGCACGUCAAAUUAACACCACAAUCUCUUUGAACAAUAAUAGAAUAUAGCAAUAACGAUAUGAAAAAUGCAUUGGAAUUCUAAAUAAGGGUUCAGGAGCUACAAAUGGUUUGGACGAUGAUCACACAUCUCCUUGCCGGUUUAUGACAUGAUGGAUUUACGCUUGCACCACAUAAUGUGCCGAGAAUAAUCUUCUUUACACUGUUAAUUGUAUCUGCAGAUUAAGAAAAGCUAAUUUAUUAAUAAAGAUUUCUUAUAACAAAAUCAUCCUUUUCAUGUGAAAGAGACGUGCAUAAAUAUUAAAGGCCAUAAAUCAAG